AAAGGUAUUUCCAGUGCCAUCAAACUCAACAUCACGUGUGAUAGCUUCCUUACACUCUUCGUGGAUGGAAACCUCGUGGGUGAAGGUGAUGCAAACGCCAAAAACAAAGGUUUUCUUCAAUACGAACUAGCACCAGGAAGUCAAGUGGUAGCUCUCAAAUGCAAAGGAAAUCCUCAGCCAUGGCAAGGAGGAAUUCUGGGAUCGUUUGAAAACGGAUUAGUUACCGACACUCUAUGGAAAUGUGUGACGGCAGCUUCCUUGGGGUGGAAUAUGAGAACUUAUGAAGAUGAUAACUGGCCAAUGGCGACAUCAGUUGGGCCAAAUGAUGACAAAACAUUUCCUUGGGGAAAGUUCAGCAGUAUCGACAGCAGUGCAAGCUGGAUUUGGACAAAGGACAACGUAAAAGAUACCGAGGUGUAUUGUCGACGUCAUCUCGUAUCUCCCUGUAGCCAGGGUAAGCAUUUAGUUCCAUUUACAGCAUUCAUCACAAUUUUCUACUGUCUACCGGAUCACAGCUCCUGAUAACAGAAAUGACAUCAAAAAUUCGAAAUGGUAACACAAACGGUCCGUGGGUCAUUCGUCCAUUUAAUUUUCAAUUCAAAAUUAAAAAUUGAAAAUCGAUGUCAAUUUUUUAUUUUCCAUUUUUUUUCUUCCUGUAUAAGGGAUAAACAUGUUUUAUAACUCUUUUUACCGUUUUCCCCUGUAAACAAAAAUGAGAAAAUAAACACACAGCUCUUAUUUGCUACAAUCAAUAUUAACACGGUUAUCGAACCAUGGACAUAUUCGCUAUUCGCGGGAAAAUCGUUUCCGCAGUCAUCUGUUAACUACAAUGCUCUGAAUUUAGAAAAAAAAUUAACAAAUGAAUGUCGCGAUCAAUUUUCCAUUUUUGUUUUUGGACGAAGAAUUGAUCAAUCGAUCACGCUCUAAGUGAGAAAAGUACCAAGAGGGGAGGACCCAACUGCAGAAGUGCCCAGGAGGAGUGGGGGUGGGGGGGGUAGAAGGGAGACGGGAUUGCAAUUGUCCGCCAUCUUUAAUGUCGGAUACGACCUGGGAACUAGCGUUAGGAAAGAAGCGGGAAAUACAACUUUGGGGUGCUGUUACAGCCUAAAUAUGGACGCCGUAAACGUCGAUUUCGUGAGAGAUCUUGUUGUGACGCAGGGAAAAACACAUUCACAAGUCAGUUUGUUGCUACAAGAAGCAUAUCCUGGAAAGAGAGGCUUAAGUUCGCGGUCCGUUAGAAGGUUUUGCCUUAAAAAUGGAAUUCACGCGCAAAAUCGGCUGUCAAACGAAGAGCUGGAACACUACACGAAACAAGUUGUUGCUAGGGUGGGUAUUUUUGCUUGAAAUUCUUUUUUUUUUUUCCUGCGGGGAAAAAACUGGUUGAAUUAAGAAAUUUUUCAUAAAGUAACAUCAUGAAUGGAUAUUAUUCGGAGAAACGUUGUUGGUACCACACGUAAACCGUUCAUCACCAACCUUCACAAUCUUUUCAAGGCUACCAGUCCAUAAAGACACCCUGUUCAAGGCGCUAAAUAGUUAAAUUGUAUAACCUGUUUAAGACUCAAGACCCGGAUACCACACCCUGUGCAGCGCCACGUACCCUUCUAGGCCAAAUAAGGGACUGCGCCCCUAAGAGUGGAGAUGAAAUCCUCAUUCUGAUCUAUUCCAAAUCAACAUUGAUCACCAUUAGCAGACUGAUAUAUGUCUAAUACAUUUAAAUUUCACCAUCAUAACAGGAGUAAAACCUUAUCUUGUCUUUAGGCAAAGUCUGGAAGUCUCAGCCAAAAAUGCAAAAACGUUGCAAAUUGAUGACACCAAAAAUAACUGUAUGACGUUGCAAAUUGAUGACACCAAAAGCAUACUAAUGAGUCGAGGUUCUCUGAACUGUCAAUUGCUCCCUAAAAGUCUUAGUCUAACAGUUACAUAAAGAGCAGUUUGUGUCAAAGACGUCCCCCUCCCGCAGAAGUUCUUAGUUCAAAAAAAAUUGAUUUUUUUUUAGUGGUGAUAAAACUGGGUUGGAGGGGAGGGUUAUUCCAUGAAUCUGUACACAUGUCCUGGACUCUCCUGGCUGCAGAGAAGGCACAGUAGAGUAGCAUAAGUAUUCCGUCUCAACUAAUCAACUUUCAAUGGGAUGGACACUUUUUAAAUUGGCAACUUGGAGAUGUCUCCCAAAGGUGUCCAUCUCAAAGACAGUUGAAAUAUAUCAUUAAGUUCUUGAUGUGUUUUACUCAAGGUUGGACCCACAUGGGGUAGAAAAAUGGUGAAAGGCGUAUAUGGCCAGUUGUGGUAUAACAGCUGGUGACAAGCGCAUUGGAAAAGCUUUGUCAAUUGUCUCUCCUCUGUGUUGGGGCAAAUUUUUUUCCUUUUGUUUUUUGUUUUCUCACUUACCUGCUAUCGUGUAUUCUUUUACUUUUCGCUCUGCGGUAUUUUGUUAAUUAUGCUCCUUUGUUACGUGCUGUAUGUAAAUUUCGUUAUAGUUUGUUAUCUCGCUCCUAUUUAUUACCAGUUUUUACGUGUCUAUUAGUGUAACAAUUACAUUCGUUGAAGUAGAUUAUCUUUUUCCUCGGUGGCCCUGACCACCGACUCUGUUAUCCUCAGCAUUUGGUAAGCAGCUUCGUUUUCAUCGUUUUUUCAUUAAUUUCAUUUUGCCGUCGCUUUAAAGUAGUUUUUCUGUAUUGUAACUAUUAUUUUUUCGCUCUGCUUUGUAGGAAUUUACUUUUUUUUGGUUUGGUAAUAGUAAAACAUUUGCUGAUUGUGAGUUCACGUGUUGUGUGUUGGAAUUGGCCCUUGCCCGUUCACUCUGUACCAAGUCCAGAGAAAUACCAACACUGCAAGGCAAACCAAUCCCUAUCCUUACCAUGCUGACUAUUUUGGUCACAAAUUGCACAUAGACCAAAAUGAAAUACUGGCAAUGUAUGGAUUAACUGAAGUCAGUGCAUGUGAUGGCUAUAGCGGAAAGAUUGUGGCUUUUGCAACAAUGCCAGUGAAGAACAAUGCUUUGAUCUAUGAGAAUGUUUACAGGUACAGUAUUCAAAAAUUCUUUGAAAAUUGCUAUUAUUACUACAGGUGAUAAUAAUAUUACAAUUAUUGCAGCAGUUUUCCACUUUAACAACAAGUACUUCCAGAUAAGAAGUACCAGCAAGGGUAUAAAGUAAAAUAAGGGAAGCAGCGAAGUAACAGUGAUGAAUAUAUCACGAAAACAAGCAUAGAUCAUAUUAAAAUUUGAUUUGUUUAUUUACUCACCUUUGUAUUUGUUAUUGAUGUUUAAAUAUUACAUCCUAUAUUUGCUUUUCUCUUUGAAGAACUGCAGUCAUUUUGGCAUGGCAUUUGGGAUCAACUCAGAGUAGACCAUGGAACAGAGUUCUAUCUCUCUUUGUAUGUACAAGAAAAAAUGUCUCCAUAUAGGACCAAUACAAGAAGGGCACCAUUUAUAAAAACAACUUCGAAGCAGGUGUUUGUUUAGUGAACAUAUGUCACCAUUAUUUAUUAUGAUAAUUACCAUUAAUCAUUAUUUUUAUUAUUAUCAUUUAUUAUUAUUCUCAUUUCAAGAAUCAUCCUGCUGAGAGAAAAUGGGUAGAGUUUAACUCCCGUGUCAACUACCCUAUUAAACGAGCUCUAAAUGCUAUGGUGAGACCUAAUAAAUAUGGAUGAUGACAUGAACAAGUUCUGUGUAUCAUGGUUUACCUCCAGGGUAGCAGACAUUGGAAUUAUCAAACAAGUUAUUUCCAGCUGGAACAACCAUGCUAUCCCUGGUAAGAGUUUAUUGAGGUGGUGGUGGUUCAGUAAACCCAGCCUAUGGAAAAUCGAUAUUAAUUCCAAGUUUUUAACUGUACCAGGAGUUUUAAUAACUGCCAAGUUAAAUAUGACAGAUAACGAGAAUUAAGAAGGGGUCUCUUAAAAAACACCACAUUCUCAGGUAAAUUAAAUUACUCAAUAUUCAUCUGUUGGGAUAAUUAACUUUCUGAGUGUGGGAGUGCUACACCAAUAACAAAAAUUGUAAAAAACUGAAUAUCUUAACCCUUUAAGCCCUAGUAUCCACAUACAAAUUCUCCAAACUGAUCUCCAUACAUAAUCCUUUAAGAAUAAGUUGAGAGAAUUUAAUAAAACAUCAAGGCAUUUUCUCUUUCGUGUUAAUUUUUUAUAUUCUUACAACCUUAUCUCAGGGUCGUAACAUGGUAUAUGGGCUCAGGGCUCAGAGCCCAAAAUAUGACUGGGCUCAGGGCUCAGAGGAAAGGGCUCAGGGCUCAGAAGAAUGGGAUCAGGGAUCGCAAGGCUUUUGAGGCCGAAUCAGGGAUCAGAUUUAUUACACGGUCUAAAAAUCUCUUAUCACACUAUUUUUCCGCAUAAUAAGGUUUGUGUCCAUAGAAUUUCCUGGCCAAGGUACAUUACCUAUUCUUGCUUCCGGCUGGCGGAAGUUCCUGUCAUACGAAGUCCUGGUUGUUUGAUGAAAAAAUGGUAUCAUAUUCUUAAUUUAUUAAUUGUUGAGGACACCGUAAUAUGAAUCUCAAGUCACUUUUCUCGCUUUCUAACGCAACUCCUAAAUGCGCUGUCAACGCCAGAAGGCAGAGAAACUGAGAGAAAGCGAUUUAUACAUAUCUUUUUUGGCGAAAAAUGGGAAAGAAGGAAAAGGACAAAAAGAAAUCCUGUGACAGAGAAAGGUACGUAAGUACUUCCUUGACUGAUUUACUUCUGACAAGGGUCCAAGUAUAGAGUUUUUGGGCCGAUCAAACAUAACAAUACCGCCAGGACAAUAGACAAACCGUUUCAUUGAAAGCGGAAUUUACUGUAUAGGUCCCGAUUGCCUCAUCGCCUCAAGCAAGUCACAAGGCGACUAUAAAUCGAGGUUCGUAUUUUUUGACCAGUAAUAAGUAGAAUACAAAAGUGAAAUGAAUUCGCGCGCUUUGUUGCAAAAUAAAUACUUUCUCGCAAUUUAAUAAAUCUGCUCUAAUUGCAUGGAGUUUUAGGGUUAUCUUAAACUCUGAUGAGAAACCGAGAUCGGUUCACCUACCAGUACUAGUAUUGGGCCGGGAAAGUAAAGGACACAUUCCACUACUGUAUAACCGAUAAAUGCUUGUAUGAUAAAUAAUCUGAAAUUACAGUGUAGAAUUAGUGAAAAUAAGUGGAACACCAAAGACUUACCUCUGUGAAAUAAACUGAGUAACAAAACCCUUAUAGUUUAUUUUCUUCAGUUUUUUUAUAAAAUAAACGGUUGAACUGGUGAAAGGAAUGUUGCAUACUAGGUACAAGUAGCAGAGUCUGCAGCAAGUUAAUAUAUUAUAGCACUGAAUGCAUGAAUAGCAUGAAUUAAAGGCCACCAGUAAAAGGGCAAACUAUUUGAUUUUUGAGCCGGGGAUGGGUUAUCUUUUCAUGCAAGAUUUUUUCAGACCUCAUUCGUGCAGUGGCUAUUUUGUUUUGCACAAAAUUUACAGACUUUAGUGACAAUAUUGAUAUACAAUAAUUUUUUCGGCCCUUUGGGCUAUUCGGCCUCGGCUUAUGUAAUGGUUGGCCCCGAAAGGUAUCAUCACCUUAGAUUUGGAGCCUGAUUUUUUUAGUGGAGAGAGAACACCUGCUCUGAACGACUACGCAUCGCGGGGGUCCAGCUGCCUUUAACAAUCAAUAGAGAGGCUCCACCAAUCUUCGUUUAUCUUUUAUACCGGUCCUCAAAGCCAUUACACACAGAGAAAGCUUGGUCCAAAGGCACCGGAAUGGCUUCGAAAGUCGCACGGCAAGAGUAAACCUUGAGGAGAAUAUCGAGGAAACGAGCGCGGAGGGAAAGGAGGAUACAGGAAGCCUCUGCAGAGCGGCUUUGCGAAAGAAUUCGAAUGGGGUGUAAACAGCAACAAACCAGAGGGAAGACCACAGAAAGAGCUGGUACACUUCCACUUGGUCUGAGUAUGUUCAGGAGGAAUGCGUCGGCACAUGCAUGGAGAAGUCGAUCUGCUGAAAGAGGUUCAUGGGAGUGAAGGACAAACUACACGGUUCAAGACGCAGCCAAAGAAUAUGAGAUUAUCUAUUCAAAAGGCGACGUAGUUGCUCUCAAGCACAAUUACAAGAGGUAUAUCAUUCCCUUCUUCCUUACGGUCCUUCUAAAAGAUCUCCGCCAUAACGGUGACGCAUUCCUGGAAGAUCACAUGGGUUUGAGAUAGCUGGAACAGUCAAAAGAAGAUCCCCUUGUAUACCAGACUGGGCACGGUGACGAUAGAAAUUCACCUGAGUGUAUCAUCGGGAAAGUUCAAAUAAUAAAAGAUGGAAACAACUUCUGUUGGAGCUGCCUUGAAGAGCAACGCCUAGUUGCAUUGCUCCAGGGGUCAGUUGGAUCAGAUGAUUCACCUGCGUCAGGUGGUGACGAAGAGGAAGGGGAGUGAGCUCUGGUGCGCACCUUUUCAGAGCCAAUUAGAUUCGAAGCUGGAAGGAGUAGGUCUGGAAGACCUACAACCAGAUAUGUCCUCUACAAUGGUUGUUAAGCCAGGAAAAUCCAUUAAUAGGCUUGACACAGAAAAGCUGUUAAACUGUAGAACCUGUGGCUUGCAUCAUUAAAUUUUCUACUUCAUCUAAAGCAGGUAUUUUGCUAUUGGUAAUUGAUCGUGAUCCUCACUGUAACACACACAGAGUUAAAGAGGAAAUUCACAUAAGACUACACUCUAACAACAUCAACAGGAAUAGCAGAAUAGAAAGUCCAGAAGCUUGGUUGCCCUUAAUCAAGAGACACAGCCAUAGGAGAUCCGUACGACAGCGGACCAGUGAGGCAAAAGCUCAUACAAACAGCGGCCUAAGAAAUGUACCAAUCUCAGCGGCUAAUAAUCUACCAACCGGAACCAGAGCUUGGAGUCAUAUAAGUUCACGUGUGACCAGUCAACAAAGACUAGCAAGGCAAGGUCUUUAAGUGUUGCUUUUUCUAAUGAACACUUGAAAUACGCAGUUGAAACGUCGCGAUCUACAUCAUUAAGUGACUGAAUCGUGAGACAAACGGUUACACUUUAUUACCAUCAAUGUUGUAGACCAAUAACACGGCCGACGUGAAACUGAUUAACAUUGAUUAACUGGACAAGUUAUCCGGGCAAGAAGAUGUUCGUACGGGAUAGGAAUUGGAAAGCUAGAGGAAGACCUUAGUUCAGAAAUACCUUACAGUGACGUUAAUUCAACCGGGGACCAACCAGCGCUAGCUGUGUUUGCUGUUUGACUAACAAUGUAUUUUUUCGAACUUUGUAUCCAAUGCUUUCUUGUGAUUGGCUUAUAAACCUCCGGGUGGCCUUGCUCCUAUGAGCAACACUGAAAAUAAACCUUGUAAAUACUCUUGAUGAACGUUACAUCUGAAAAAAUCAAGUUUCCGCCGCAAGAUCUUACAAGAUGUACGAAGUUUAAAGGGAAGUGGACUACUUUUGAUGUAUAAAUUAACAACAACUUACAUUCUGUAUCUUACUAAAGCUCCCGUUCAAGAAAAUCAGGUUUUAUCAUUUGCAUAGUAUCGCCAAACAUUAUAUUUAAAGUGUUUUAAAUAGAAUAAUAUGCACAAAAAGAGGUUGACUCAUAUUGAUCUUUAUAGCUCUGAUAGAACCUAUACAACUUGCACUAAAAAUCAAAGUUAAUGUUUUUCUCACUAGCCCAUUUGAGCAUGUUCUAUAUUCUAUAUUUGGAGAUAAACAAAGUUGUCUAAGUUAAAAUUUUGUGUAAAACAUGGAUGGGAUCAAUUUUUUUAUCAGGGCUCAAGGAUCAAAAUUUUGGGAAAAUGGGGCUCAGGGAUUAAAAUAACGGCAAGAAAAUAGGGAUCAAUGGGUCCCGGAUAUACUAUGUUACGACCCUGUUAUCUCUUGACAAUGUAUGGACAUUGUUAGGAGAAAAUUGCUGUUGGUCACUAUUGGGACUUAAAGGGUUAAUACUGUUUUUAUUGUCAAGAGACAUCUUUCUUCUAUUCUAACAGGGAAGGGAGUUCCAGAUAAAAGAAUGGAGGAAAAUAAGAAGACAUUUAUCCUUCCAUCUAUAGACAUGCUUCCCACUGGUGAAGAAGCUGUAUCUGCCUAUGAAAGGGAUGGUGGCAAUCUUAGAUCUCCAGAAGUGUUUGGAACUGAUAUCCUAGCUGGGAACAAACAGCUCCAGCAAUUGCGUUCUGAUAACUUGCUUACCCUAGUUUCAAGGUCAUUUUCUAUUGCCUUGUGAAUGGUGAUCAUCACCCAUUUAGAGAGGGCCUAAUGAAUUUCAUUGAUCUAACUACAACAUAUAGUCCAAACUAACUGUUAGAACAACCACAAUAUUUAAUGAUUUCAAUAUAUCUCUGUUUAUUUUCAUGAAAUUGAAUACUUAUUACAUCUGCAAAGUAGAAAUGGUAACAUGAUUUUCAAAACCAUUCAUGAAACUCUGUGAAAAUAUCACUAUGUUGUUUUACUGGAAUUAAGAUGUGAAAUAAAAUGUUCAAAUUUACAACAGUUUCCUGCUUUACCAAAUAUCAACAUGAUCAAACAAAAUCAUCUUAAACAUUAAACUUCUUGAAUCCACCUAUUAAAUGGUUCAAAGCUGAAAAAACACAAUUAAAAGUCACAAAACUGAAAAGCCAGUAUUUUCAUUUAUGUAGAUUAUUUCUCUUUCCAUCUUUAAUCACUGGCAUUACUUUCAUCAGAUUUGAUCAACUUCCUUACCCCAACUAAAAACUCAUCUAAACCUUUAAACUGAAAGGUAGAGGCAUAUCCUCUUGGUUCAUUGCAAUGUGGACACCUCUUACUAAGUCCAUCAGCCCCAUCAUACCAAUGAUUAACACAUUCCUCACAGCCAAUUAAGCUGUUACAACACUUUGCUGCAAUUACUGGGGGUUUCAUAGGUGUGGAGAGACAGAGUUUGCAUAUGAAAGCAUCUCUUAGAAGUUUGACUACCCCGAGUGGCAAGGACAAAAUUUGGUUUACUUUCAAUAUGUCACUGACCAUUGAUUUGACUUCAUUUAUUUGAGAAUUUACUAUUUGAAUAUCUCCAUGGUUACCACCUCUAGUCUUCUUGGGAGUGAAAUCUUCAUCACUGUCAUCAGAAAUGUCAUAACAUGAGCUGUAACUUGCUUUUGCCUUUGACUUGGCUGAUCUCCGCUUUAAAGGAACAUGUGUAGUGACCCUCACAGCAUAAAUUUUUCUGCUUCCACACUUCCAAAAAGACAAACCUACAAAAAAGCACAGAAACAAGUUAAUACAAUUAUCUUGAUGACGAUGAAGAUCGAUGACUUCACAAAGUUCAAACAAUAGACUAGAUGGACCAAUAUUUUCCCAGUGCCCUGGGUCUAAUAUUUCGACUGAACUUGCAGUACAGGACAAAAGUGACAUUGCAUACAAGAUUUUUGAACAAUAUUCAGCUGUAUAUUUGUGACAGACUGAUUGUCGAAACAAUAAUAAAAUGUUACUGAUGAUACACCCCACUGAUUAUGUGUGGAUAUUCAAGACCUAUGGAUAUUUCAAGACCUAUAUAUGUUAUGCGAUGGUAAAGACAACAAUGCAUAUAAAUUAUAUAAUUAGUAACCUUUAGUGCAUUCGUUGUCCAUUAUCCUCAGACCAUUACUAGACACCAACUCUAAAGAGGGAUCAUUGAAGGCAUCUCUUGCCUUUGAUAGAAUAUAGUAGACAUUGGCUGUAUCUACAUUGAUGUUAAGGUAUGUCUGCCCAAGCUCACUGAAAGAUGGGGAUCCUUUACCAUUCUGGGUCAUUUCUGCAUGAAUAAUUUUCACAAGGGCACCACCCUUCCUUUUAUUUCCACCAAAGAGUGCAGGCCUUGAAGAGCUUCCGGGAGUGACUCCAUAUGAGAAUACUUGACUAAGCUGUCCAGAGUGCUGUUCUGCGACUUGUGGGGCAUAUGAAGAGGGGGGCUGCACAAAUUCCCCCAUAACUUGCAACGACGUUCCACCCAUUUGGUGACCGAGGUUAAACCGAACUGCAUCAUUUGGCCAAAAGGCCAUAUCUCCAAAUUCUUCUUUGAGAUAUAACGAGUUCGCUUCAACCUAAAACGUAGGAUUUUUACAUUAAAGAGAUGUUCAAAGCUUAAAUAUUAAGGAAUUAGAUGGUUCGAGGUUGUGUUUACUUAACCUGAAAAGCUCGCGAAAGUCGAGCGACAUUUACGUCGCCCGAAUUCAUUCGAAUUCGUAGCUCUUUUCCUUCUCGACUUAAAUCGAAACUCUUCAGAGAUACCAUACUAAAUGGACCAACGUAAAAGUAAAACGAACGAAUUCAACAAAGGGAGACCUGACCAUCAACAGAGAGAAGAUUCGUCCGAAACACAACCGUGAUGAAAAAGACAGGUACAAAAGCGCGCGAAAAACCAUGGGUGUUGUCAAAGUAAUAAGACACAGGGGGGAGCCCAAAGUUCAAUAUUUAUUUUAGUCAAAAAUAAAACCUAGUAAAUGUACAUUAUUCUAAAAAACAUAAGCUUAAGAACGAUUUCUCUACUUUCAACAAAGGAGGUUGGGAAUUUCUUAGUUUUGAUGUUAUAGCGGUGGUUCAACAAAGAGAGAACUCAACCCUGACCCCCGUCCCCAUAGUGUUCUAUUUGCAAUUCAAGAUGGCGUCUUUGUUUUAAACUGACUCGGGUCGGGCACUCCCCCACCUCAGUCCCUUUCCCUCUUCCCUCCCCUCCCCUACUGGGCACUUCUACACUUGGGUCCUCCCCUCUUGGUACUUUUGUCACUUAGAGCGUGAUCGAUUGAUCAAUUCUUCGUCCAAAAAGAAAAAUUGAAAAUUGAUCGCAGCAUUCAAUUUUUAAUUUGUUUUCUUAAUUCACGUCAUAGUAGUUGACAGAUGACUGCGGAAACGGUUUUCCCGCGAAUAGCGAAAAUAGGGAACUUAAGAACCACGACGAAGUUCACGACGACGACGUCUGUUGACUGGGAAAGGACUGGAACGAAAACGUCAGCUUUGGCGGGAAAAAGGAAACUUAAGAUGCAGUCGGUAGGUCGACGACGACGACACUGAAUGUAAACAAACAUGUAGACUGUGAUGUUCGUUCGCAACAAAGUUUUUUCGCAAAGGCGUCUUUUAAGACGAUGCAAGAUCUUAUUUUAUAAGCGGUACGUCUACUUUCAUUGACGAUGAAGAAUUUUUCGUGUUGUCUGACCUUUUCGAAUGGAAAAAUCUCUGCUUUCCGCACGAAGGUUAUUCAACUUUCAACCUGAAUGACAUGACCGAGUCCGAGUGUCUGUCAGAGUUUAGAUUUGGAAAAAGAGACAUUCCGAUGUGAUGGCUGUUUUCCAUAUGAAGUUCAUUUCCUCUAUAUUAAAGAUAUAUGAUUUGCCUGACCUAAAUACGUACAAAUAAAUUUGUCACUUACGAGUUCGCUCGCUCGGCCUGCACAGCUCAGCGUUGUCUUCGAAGUAAACACAAUUCAACAGUCAAAUUUUCCAUCAACAUCGCUUGUUAGGAGAAAAAAAGAAAGGAUACCUGGAUUUACGAGGUGAAAAAAUACAAAGCCCUUGAAAAAUCGCUUAAAAACAGGGAGUUAACCUGCCGAAGCUUGUGGAUUGCAGGACGACGUGAGUCUACUGUGUUUGGCGUCGUCGACGACACCACGACGACGAAAUUUGUUAACCGCGCUUGCGCAGUGCACGGUAUCUCGCUUCCGGUCGUCGUCGACAAAGUCGUCGUCGUGGUUCUUAAGUUCCCUAAUAUCUAUAUUUCGAUAACCGUUUUAAUAUUGAUUGUAGCAAAUAAGAGCUGUGUGUUUAUUUUCUCAUUUUUGUUUAAAGGGGAAAAUGGUAAAAAGAGUUAUGAAACAUGUUUAUCCAUUAUACAGAAAGAACAAAAAUCGAAAAUCGAAAAUUGACAUCGAUUUUCAAUUUUUGUUUUUAAAUUGAAAAUUAAAUGGACGAAUGACCCACGGACCACAAACCCUAUGCCAGCACAAUAACCGCAUAGUUUUAAAAAUUCCGGCCACUUCCGUUGUUUAAUUUACUCAUUCUAUAGACUAUAGCUAUCUACCAUUGACUUUAAUCAAAGUUAUUGUAAAAUGCUCCACUGAUAAUAGUGAAUCUCUGUUCAUAUUUUGCCUCCCCCACCCUUCUAGUAGGGCCCUUUUUCGCUUGAUCCCGUAAAAAGACAAACAGGACAUAAACCAGCAAAAUGUUUACUAAUAACAAAAUUUCAACAGUCAAAUAUGAUGAGCAGUUAGUUUCAAAACUGCUUUUUUAAAUCUCUGAAUUUUCAGUAAAAUCCAAGACUGCGACUAAGAUGGCGGCUAUUUGGAAUGAGACUACUUGUCCCUUAGCAGCGCCAUAGCCCAUAACAUUUUUGUCUUCUUGUAGGGGUCACCACAGGCUAAGCUCUGCAGAGCACUUCUAUAACAUAGCAAAAUCAAGGAAAAGAUAGGUCUAACCGCCUUUUCCUUGUGAUAUAAAGAGUAGCGCAAAUCGCGCAGCUGAAGUAAUUGACCUCCAAUAACUCGAACCUCGCGCUAACUCGAACCAAAAUCAAUUUCCCCUGGAUUUCCUUCAUACAUUUACUGUAAUUUUACCCUCGGUAACCUGAACCUCCCGCUAACUCGAAGUAAUUUUUGUUUCUGUCCACAUCGUUUCUAUACAAAAUGACCUCGAUAACUCGAACCAUGUUUUAUGCGCGUGACAGGUCGGGGGAAAAAACAGAGUACUGAAGUCCUUGUAGUGAAGAGUGCUCGAUACUUGCAUCCCACGCCCAACGACUUGCUUAUCUCCGGUUAUUUGCUUCGAACUCCCGAUAACUCGAGCUUUUUUCGAUUUCCCUUAAAGGUUUAAGUUAUCGGGAGUCGACUGUAUCUUUAAAAAUUUAAUGUUUAUGUAAAAAAGGAUUAUACCUUAAUCAGUGUCAUUAGUCAUAUUUUUUUAGUCCUGACUACGGCCAGAAUCCUUUUCGUCCUUCCUUUCAUAUUUAAAUUUGGUAAUUCUAAAGCCCUAAUUUACACAAGAAAGCAAAACCCUGGAGGAUUCUGGUCGUAGUGGUAAACUAACGUCAUCGUGCAAAUGGCCUUAAUUUUCUUGACAUUGAUGCUUGCAGUUUUUAUGAAGGACCAUUUCUGCCUAAUCACAGAUUGGUUUGUUUUGUUUUUGUCAACAGAUAAAUCCGCCUUCUAUAACUCUUGGGUGACAAGUAAGGACAUAGCAGUAGAAGGCUUUCUGCUUCUUAAAACAAAAGUGACCAGCAAAAUACAAUGCGGGCUCAAGUGCAGUCAACACAAGACAUGCUUGUCAUUUUCAAUGCAAUACACGAGGAGCCCUGGAAAAAGGAUUUGCGAACUCAAUACAGUAUCAGCGAAAAGUCAUCCUCAGAGUAUUGUCAAAAGGAUAGGCUUUCAAUAUUACGAACGUGUCCAGAUAUUUUUUUAG